CUGAAGAAGAGGCAGUCACGUGUAAUGAUGAAGGUGGGGUUUCGGUUAUAAACAACAGCUACACAUUAAUGUAGGCCAAACGCCUGAAAACCGUGCGAAAACAACUCGAAUCUAAAGGUGCUGUUCACCGGCGUCAUGAGUCCAGCACAGUGGGAUCUUCCUCCAGAGCUGUGUUGCCGGCCCAUGGCCUUUGUGGCUCUGACAGGUUUGGACGUGACAUAUAAUGCCAUCCACAGAGCCAUAUGGGAUGCCUUCUGUGCCAACCGGCGGGCAGACAGAGUGCCCAUCUCUUUCAAAGUUUUGCCAGGAGACCAUGAGUAUCCAAAGUGCAGGACCAAGAGAACAUCGUAUGAGUGGUACAUACCUAAAGGGAUUCUGAAGACAGGCUGGAUGAACAAACAUCUCAACCUGGUGCCCGCGCUGGUCGUGCUGUUUUAUGAGUUGGACUGGGACGAUCCGCAAUGGAAGGAAAAGCAGUCGGAAUGUGCAACUAAAGUGGAAAUCAUCAGAACAAGUUUACAAGGAAGAAACACGAAGGUUGCUGUAGUUUUGAUUCAGAAGAAGACGCCUCUUCCACCAGGUGAAGAUCUAGUGGCAUCUGAGAGAGCUUCUACUCUGUGUGGUGCCUGUGAUCUUUCUGGGAAGUCCCUGUUUGUUCUGCCCCAUACUGACCACCUGGUGGGAUACAUCAUUAGAUUGGAGAACGCUUUCUACGAACAUGCACAGACCUACUAUUAUAAUGAGAUCCGGCGAGUGAAAUCUCACAAGGAGUUCCUCAACAAAACUACACACCAGCUGCUGUUUGUCAGGCACCAGUUUAAGAUGGGUUUCUUCAGUGAACUAAAGCAGGACACUCAAAAUGCCCUCAAAUAUUACAGGACUGCUUACAGCCUCGUCCAUGAACUCCGAGCACAUGAGACAAACAUGCUUGAGAUCAAAACCAUGGCUGGAUUCAUUAACUACAAGAUCUGCAGACUGUGCUUUCAGCAUAACACCCCCCUGGACGCCAUCGCUCAGUUUCGUAAACACAUCGACCUGUGUAAGAAGAAGAUUGGUAGCGCAGAGCUGGCCUUUGAACACACCGCCUGGAUGUCCAAACAGUUUCAGUCGUUUGGUGAUUUGUUUGAUGAGGCCAUUAAACUGGGCCUCACAGCAAUCCAGACCCAGAACCCAGGCUUCUACUACCAGCAGGCUGCAUACUAUGCACAGGAGCGCAAGCAGCAAGCGGGACAGCUCUGCAGUCAUGAGGUAGGUGUGGGCUUCCCUGCACCUGACCCUCUGGAGACCCCCACCGGAGCUCUGGACUUUUAUGGACAGAGACCCUGGAGACAGGGACAUCAGAGCAUCGAUCCUCCUGACCCUGAAAAAGAGAAACAAGGCAUCCUUGCUCUUCAAGUAAAAGAGAGAGACGUGCUUCAUUCGGAGCUGAUCAUUGCUCUCCUCAGUAAUGCUGUUGCCCAGUUUAAGAAGUACAAGUGUCCUCGAAUGAAGAGCCAUCUCAUGGUUCAGAUGGGAGAAGAAUAUUAUCAUGCAAAAGACUACACCAAAGCAGUAAAACUGUUGGAUUAUGUGAUGUGUGACUAUCGUACGGAGCGCUGGUGGUCUCUGCUCACGUCAAUCCUGUGUACAGCUCUGAAGUGCUCUUACCUCAUGGGUCAGGUGAAGGAUUACAUCACCUACUCCAUGGAACUGGUGGGCAGAGCUUCUAUCCUCCCUGAAGAGCAGAAGUCCAGGAUCGAGAAGAAUCUAAUUAAAGUGCUCAUGAAUGAUGUCCCGGAGCCUGAACCGGACUGUGACCCGGUCUCCGUGAAGGCGGCCCAGUCUCUCUGGAGUGACCGCAUCUCUCUGGCCGGCAACAAUGAGUUCACCAUUGAUGUCCAGGACUAUGUGCCCUUUGUUCAGUGCAAAGCCAAGUUCCUGUCUCCUAGUUUCCACAUCGAUGAGCCUGUCCAGCUACAUGUCUAUGUAAGAGCUGACUGCCCACAUCCUGUGCGCUUCUCAAAGCUGUGUGUCAGCCUCAACAACCAGGAGUAUAAUCCGUACUGCUCGCUGGAGGAUGCCUCGAAAGAGAAGGAUAUACUAGAGCCUUCCACCCAGGAGAACAUGUGUCUCGUUCCAGGAAAAACCCGCAAGUACUGCUUCAAAUUUGUUGCCAAAACCGAAGAUGUCGGAAAGAAGAUAGAGAUCACGUCUGUGGGACUUAUGUUAGGCAGAGAGACAGGUCGUUACGUGUAUCUGAACUGGCGGGGUGGCUGGGGGGAUGCAGCCUCCUCCCAGGAGGCUUUACAGGCAUCCCGCUCAUUUAAAAGGAGGACACGCCCCACAGAACAGCAGGUGGACUGGGACACAGUUUCCAUACAGUCAAGCACUAUGAUCAUCUCUCGAGUGCCCAGGAUCUCUGUACAGCUGACCCACGAGCCUCCGACUCUGACCAAUGAGAUGUACUGCAUUACUGUCACCAUCCAAUCAGAGGAGGAAACUGUGGCCAAAGACAUGAAACUCACUGCUGGCCUCAAACCAGGUCAGGAUGCCAAUCUCACACAGACAACCCAAAUCACUCUAAAUAGGUCUGAGGUGUGUGAUGAUUCUCACCCCGCCCUUCUACCUGACAUUCCCCUCGGUGACCUACAACCUGGCCAGAAGAUCGUGAAGCCCCUGUAUGUCCGCUGCGUGAACACUGGAUCUAGAAUAUUCUUGUUUCACGUGGCUUAUUCUGUGAGCACCACGGUCGAGGGCAAGGACAUCACAUGCAAAUGUCACAAAGAUGAAACUGUUGCCGUAGAAACUGUUGUUCCAUUUGAAGUGGCUGUGAAGUUUGUGUCUAGUAAGUUUGAGCAUUUAGAGCGUGUGUAUGUGGAUAUCCCGUUCCUGCUGAUGAUGGAUAUUUUGAGCGCGUCUCCAUGGCCGAUUGAGCUGGUGAACAGUGAAGUACAGCUGGCCUCCAGUAUGACUGCCAUUGAUCAGCCCCAGAGUCAAGUGGAAGGAGUCACCCUGCAGACCAGCGAGUGUGCAAGUGAAUGUUUCCUGCUCAAAUGUCCUCCUGUUCAAAAUGGCACCAGCACUGUUGCCUCGGGACAGUACAUCAUCUCCUGGAAGAGAAAGUCAGCAGUGGCUGAGACAUUAGUGGUGAGAACGAGCAUUAUUCUGCCACACGUAAUGAUAGAGAACAUCCCCCUGUAUGUGCACGCAGAGUUGCCCUCAUUUGGUCGCGUGCGUGAGUCUUUACCAGUUCGGUAUCAUCUGGAGAACCGCACCGGACUGGUUCAGGAUGUGGAGAUCAGCGUGGAGUCCAGCGAUGCAUUCAUGUUUAGUGGACUCAAACAGGUGCGAAUGAGGAUCUUGCCGGGUGCGGAGCAGGAGAUGUUGUAUAACUUCUAUCCUCUGAUGGCGGGAUAUCAGCUCAUCCCUCAACUAAACAUCAACCUGCUGCGCUUUCCAAACAUCUCAACUCAACUUCUGCGCCGCUUCCUGCCUUCACGCAUCUUUGUCAAGCCCCAGGGCAGAAAUGGAGACACUUCCAUUGAAGCGGCAUGAGGAAGAGACGAGCUCAUCUCCGAACUCGGGGAGUUGAAGGCUGAACAUUCCUCUGAGAACUUGUGUUUACAACUUAAUGAUUUGAACUUAUAAAUUAUAAGGAACUUGAUCUUAAUUAUUGUGUGAGUGGUCUAGAUUGUUGUUUGUUGUGCAAGGCUAAAAUAAUGCCUGCAUAAGAUUUUUUUUGUUUUAGGAAAUUUCAGAUUUCAUCGACAAUUGUGCUGUCUAACCUCUAAAAUAUUCAUAAUAAUGACCUUGUUACUAAGCAUGCUAAAUAAUCUUAAAGUUAAUUAAACAGACAUUGC